AUGUCUUCCGAACAUCCCAGCGAGCAGGUGAAACACCUGCUUCAGGAUUGCCUUGGAGCCGCCAGAAGACAAGACUACGCUGCCGCCCUGGCCGCCGUGAAUGAUGCUCUCAAAGCCUGUAACACUGACAAGAGUAUACCUGUCAUCCAUGUCCUGGAACACCGAGUCGCAGUCUAUCUUCGAAUGAAUCUUCUGGAUCAGGCUCUCAAAGACGCGAAAGCCAUGAUCAGACUUGAUCCCACGGACGCACGAGGCUACAUCCGAAGUGGGAUCACCGAAUGCCGCAAGAACAACAAAGCCGCCGCAAUGAGAUUUUUUGAAUAUGGCUUGAAGAAAGUUCCCAACUCCGACGCAAAUCAUGUUUUGCUCGUCAAGGAAAUGAAGAAAACAGCCGAGCAGAUAAGGACCGAAAUCGUGCUCUCGCAAGCAAAAGACCCCCUAAGCGCCCUGCCGCUCGAGGUCGUCGAACUCGUUCUUUCAUUUCUCGACUACCGAUCGAUUAUACGUCUGCUCCGCGUCUCCAGGUCAUGGAACAAAAUCGUGAGCAACGCGGACCCAGUAAUCAGUACCUUGUAUUUUCCUAGUUCUGCAAAACAAAUCAGCCCGAAAUUGCUUAGCGCUGCCAUCAAAAGGUGUCGUACACUCAAGACAGUCAAACUGCCACAACUUCCCGGCCCUACGGCGCAAUAUCUUGUCCGGGCUCUGGAACGGGACAAGCGCUUCUCAGAGUUGCAAGAUUUCGAAUGGCGAGAUGUCCAGAACUACCCAGCUGUGUUGUCCGUGGGCCAAUUCGACCUGAGGGUCAUCAUCGUUGAAUCCAGCAGGACACUGAUCCCUCACGAGUGGGCUUACGAUGUUCUACGGAACUACAGAUCCCUGGAGGUCGGCAAAUUCCAAUAUAUGUCUACGUCGUCCGGUGCGGAAGUAUCUGUAAAAAGUAGCAGUCUGCGAGAAUAUGAGCUGCGUUGUGGUCGCUAUUCGUCCUUGUGUUCUGACCGCAUCUCCUUUGAAUUCCCGGAGCUGAGGACGCUGUCUUAUAAGGGCAUCCGCUACGCCAGCUUACCUCCGUUGAGCCGUACCCUAGACCUAAGUCAGAUGACGAAACUUCGAAGUCUCGACCUUGUCGACGCCGAAUUACACAGCAUCAACCUCCCCCCGUCACUUAAGCAGUUAAAGCUCGCCUCAUGCCGUUUCGUUGCCCAGCCUUGCGACCCUGCACUACCUUACCCUACGUUAAACGAGCUCGAGGAACUUCGAGUGGACGACUGUGACUUUUUCCCCACGUUCGUCCUAUACUCUAUCCAAAAGACCCAGCCAGGGAAGUUGUUGAAAUUUUCGGUGACCGCCAACGAACAAGUGGCUCAACACUUAACCAGCAUAAUGAGCAUGCCUUGGUUUCGAAGCUUGAAAUCCCUUCGCAUUGCCAAUGCCAACUUCAUCAGUCUCGACGACUUUUCAUACAUCAAGAGUUGUCCGGCUUUAGAAGAACUUUGCCUCGAGCAAGCUGAGAACAUCGGGGCAUUUGUGUCGGAUCUGAUCCGAGAGGCCGCUCAACUUCGCAAGGUUACACUCCGCGACUGCUUUAACGUGGCCAGAGACAUCAUUGCAUGGGCCAAGGCACGUGGGGUGGAGGUUGAAAUUACCCAGCAAGACUUCGCUACCGGCAGUGGGCGUCACGUCGUCGAGAUUUAUUGAGCUGUUGGAGCAGUAACCAUCCAGCCGGAGACCAGCAUCUCCCCCGCAUCUUGGUGUUGGGAAACCAUGCCUGACUGUCAAGUUGUGCGCCGCUGCUCAGCAGGAGGGGCAAGGCCUCACUUCUUCCUCAGUUGCCUAUAGGAGGACACGCGGAUGCCAGCAGCUGUGGUGGCCCUGUUGAGAAUAGACAGCUUUGUUGAUGUCAAAUGUCGUACAAGGAAAAGGUGGAAGGGGACUUUAUCCAUUGUGCUUCAUUCGCAAAAGCGCCUCCCCUGUCGGAAGCAUAUCAAACUCAACCGCUUCCAAUUCGAAAUAAUGGUUGGCUUCUGUUCCGCGUCCCCGGUCCCAGCUUCGCUUGACCUGUUGUUGGAUGGCCGUCUCCGACUUGUCCCACUGCCAUCUUCCUGCUCUGCGACCUCUCUCAUGGACUCGCUGCACCAGAACCUCAAGCUGCUGCGGCCACCGGAAUUGCCAGCUCUGUGCUCUUCAGUGAUUUACACGGGGCAGAUAGGUGGAAUUAUAUGUGGUCUUGGAAAUCUGCUGGAUAUAUUAUGCGUCAUCAAUUACAUGCGCUCGUGUCAUAGGCACAUAACUAUCUAGAACCGGCCAUGCUGUUGCUUCUGGGCAGAUGAAUCUAGCCAAAUCUCUUC